CACCAUCUAGCAUGUAACCGUAGGCAUAAAUCGCUCAACUGAAAAAACCUCCUCCUCUCUAUCUCUCUCUUUGUGGUUCCAAAAAAAGAAAAGAAAAGGGGAAAUGGCGUUAUCCUACACCACAACAAUUGCCUCUUCACUACUUCACGCAGCAACUCCUUCACUUCCAAAUAAAAAAAGUUUUUGGAUAGAGAAGGAAGCCCUUUUCAGAAUUGCAAGUAAAUUAACAGUACCCAGAAAUGGAAGAAGUUCUUCUGUUGAAUUUGAUGUGCCAUUUCCUCGUGAUUAUGAGGAGCUUCUUGAUCAAGCCAAAAAAGCAACUGAAUUGGCUUGGGAAGAUAACAAACAGCUGAUGGAGAUUGAAUUCCCAACAGCCGGACUCGAAUCUGUACCGGGUGACGGUGAAGGAGGAAUAGAGAUGACUGGAAGCAUGCAGUUAAUUCGUGAAUUCUGUGAUCGUUUUGUAAGUCCAGAAAAGACUACAAGGACCAGAAUUUUCUUUCCAGAGGCUAAUGAAGUUAAAUUUGCAAGACAAUCAGCAUUUGAAGGAUCUUCGCUUAAGUUGGACUAUUUGACAAAGCCAUCAUUUUUCGAGGAUUUUGGUUUUGUUGAAAAAGUCAAAAUGACAGACCGUGUGAAGCCAGAGGAUGAACUGUUCCUAGUUGCCUAUCCAUAUUUCAAUGUUAAUGAAAUGCUUGUGGUGGAAGAGCUUUACAAAGAAGCUGUUGUGGAAACAGCCCGGAAACUGAUUAUAUUCAAUGGAGAACUUGACCGCAUAAGAUCUGGUUAUUAUCCGUCCUUUUUCUAUCCUAAGCUUGCCUCUCUUUUGAAGACACUCUUCCCAUUGAUGGAGACUGUAUAUUACAUUCACAAUUUUAAAGGGCGCAAUGGAGGAACCCUUUUCAGGUGCUACCCAGGUCCCUGGAAAGUCCUACGAAAAGUUAGGAAUGCCUAUAUAUGUUUGCAUCAACAGGAAGCUAUGCCCUCCCUUAAAGAAGUUGCCCUGGAUAUUCUGCCGUCAGUUUGAGAAUUCGUUGUCCAUGUUGCAGAUUUAUAUGUCCAAGGUGUAUGUUCAAGACUCUAGCCUCAUCCUUUACGCUACCGCCAACUUUUUCUGCUUCAUCCAUUGAAGAAGCAUCCUUGAAAUAGAAAAGGUGUGCUAUUUUUAUUAUUUCAAAUUAUGAAAGACAUGUUUAUCAUAUCUGUUAGUGCUGUUAGCUGUCAUGACUCCUGUUGUUUCCAGUCUCCAGGUUCAAGCGUAAACCAUCUAUCAAUGUCUUGAAAACUCUGAAUGGUAUUCAAAAAACUAUUUCAAUCUGACCAUUUUUACUGUUUGAAUAUAGUGUAUGGUCUGAUAGUUUUGCAAUAGUUUAGAAGUGACAUCCAUGAUUUACCAUUUUUACUCCUGAUAAAUACCCCUAGAUUUGUCUUGCAAUUGGGAAUGAAUUUUGGAAGAACUGCACAUAAUUGUUAUUCAUCAAUUCUCAACAUAAUUAAGGUGCUUUGAGUCGUUGAUUGUGGUUGGGAAGGUUUUUUCUUUUUUCUAAUCUUAUACGCUGUCUUGGUUAUGUAUCUUUGUAGGUGAAGCUUAGAUUUUCUAGCUUCCCCAUCUAGUUUUGGGAGGAGGAAGUUUAGAAGUUUUAAUGGAUCUGUAAUAUUUCCUUUCUGGUGGAUUGCUGAUGCAAAUUUCACAUUUAUUUGAUCAAUGUAUAUGACUACAUGAAGUUGGUUUUUGUUUGUGUUGAGAAACCACAUGUGAGUGGGGAAUUACAUUGAUUGGGAAUAAGAAAAAAGGUGCUUAUAUAGAA